AUGUUUGGGAUCAGGGUAUUCCUACAAAAAUUCCUGAUUCUUCUGCAUGUCACUAUGAGUGUUGUCGUUGGCAAAACACUGAUGAUACUGUUUCCUGAUGCCAUGAGAAGAUACAUCCUAAAACAGGGCGAAAAGAGCAGAAUGAACGAGAAUCCAAAGUUCAGCUACGAAAAUUGGGGUCCGACUUUUUUCAGCUUCAAGUAUUUGCUCUUUGUACUGAAGGUGAAGUGGAAGAGGCUGGAGGAUGAAGCCUAUGAGGGACAUCCCGCUCCCAACACACCGGUGGUGACUUUCAACGGGGAAGUUCGUCACCUCUUUGAUUUCAUGCAAGAUAACCGACCUUUAAUCCUGAAUUUUGGAAGUUGCACCUGACCUUCAUUUAUGUUAAAAUUUGGUGAGUUCAACAAGCUCAUCAAAGAUUUCAGCUCAAUAGCGGAUUUCCUUAUCAUCUACAUUGAAGAAGCUCACGCAGUAGAUGGAUGGGCUUUUAAAAACAAUAUUGUUAUUAAAAAUCACCGAAGCCUUGAAGAUCGAAAAAUUGCAGCACAGUUUCUUCAGAAAAAUAAUCCUUUAUGUCCAGUGGUUUUAGACACAAUGGAAAACCUGAGCAGUUCAAAAUACGCUGCAUUGCCAGAACGACUGUAUCUACUUCAAGGAGGGAAGGUCAUGUACAAGGGAGGAGUGGGGCCUUGGAAUUACCAUCCCCAGGAAAUACGUGCCAUCCUGGAAAAACUGAAAUAG